AUGGGUCUAGCUUCCAAACUUGCCGCAGCGCAGGCUGCCUAUCCCGGUGGUCCUCCAGUACCUGGUGGUGGUGCUCCUCCUCCUGGAGCGGCUCCUGCUGGUGGAUACCCGGGCCAGCAGCAAUAUCAAGCAUAUCCAGGUGGUCCUCCGACCUCUGCUCCUGGUGCUGGUGCUCCUAGACCAGGUCAACCGGUAAGCGUGGUUCCGGUUCUUCCCACAAAUUUUAUUUUGGCGGCGUGA